ACAACUCUUCGUCGCUUUAUAUUUUUUACUGCAAAAUAAUUAGUGGGCAAAGUUACUAGUUUUCCAAAAACCCUUGUCAUACUCAUAGAUUCAAGCGCAUACUCUCCAUUGACCAAUCUAGGGUUCUGGUUACUUGAAGCUUCUAUUAAACCUGUCAACCUCUUCCUCUUCCGCUGUCGCCAAAGUUUGAGCUAUUUGAGUUCCGGCUUCACUGGAUAGUUCAGAAGCCAUAAUUGAGUAAGGGAUAAACAUGGAGACUAAGAAUGAGAACUCUGAUGUUUCACGGGCCGAGGAGAUGAAGAAUCAGGCCAACGAAGCUUUUAAAGGUCACAAAUACUCUCAUGCUAUUGAUCUGUAUACACAAGCUAUAGAACUCAAUGGCAAUAACGCUGUGUAUUGGGCAAACCGUGCAUUUGCUCACACAAAACUGGAGGAGUAUGGCAGUGCAAUACUGGAUGCAUCAAAGGCCAUUGAAAUUGAUUCAAGAUACUCCAAGGGCUACUACAGACGUGGUGCUGCGUAUCUUGCCAUGGGGAAGUUUAAGGACGCCUUAAAGGAUUUCCAACAGGUAAAAAGGAUUUCUCCUAAUGACCCUGAUGCCACAAGAAAGCUAAGAGAAUGUGAGAAAGCAGUGAUGAAGAUGAAAUUUGAAGAAGCAAUCUCUGUUCCUGUUUCUGAAAGGCGAUCAGUUGCUGAGUCCAUAGACUUCCACACCAUAGGGAACAAACCCAGAUCAUCGUCCAUGCCCACCAAAACGGCUUUAGCAGCAGUUGUUGCAGCAGUAAUGGUGGUGGCUGUCCGAGGAUUUGCCACAAUUGAGAUACUCAUGGUGUUGGUUUCGGUGGUGUUAGGGACGUUUUGGUGGGGUGGCUUCAGUGAGGUUGAGCCACAGUAUUCUGGUGCUAGAAUCGAGGGAGAGGAAAUUACCUUGGACUUUGUGAAGAAGAUGAUGGAGGAUUUCAAGGACCAAAAAACAUUACAUAAACGGUAUGCAUAUCAAAUAGUCUUGCAGACAAGGGAAAUCUUGCUCGCAUUGCCUUCUCUUGUUGAUAUUAAUGUACCCAAUGGCAAGCAUUUCACUGUCUGCGGUGACGUUCAUGGUCAGUUUUAUGAUCUAAUGAACAUUUUCGAGCUUAACGGUCUCCCUUCGGAAGAGAAUCCCUACCUUUUCAAUGGUGACUUUGUGGACAGAGGCUCAUUCUCUGUUGAGAUCAUCCUCACUUUGUUUGCUUUCAAGUGCAUGUCUCCAUCAUCCAUAUAUCUAGCGAGAGGGAAUCACGAAAGCAAGAGCAUGAACAAAAUAUACGGUUUCGAGGGUGAAGUUCGGUCCAAGCUGAGUGAAAAAUUCGUGGAUCUCUUUGCGGAAGUAUUCUGCUACCUACCGUUGGCUCAUGUUAUAAAUGGGAAGAUAUUCGUGGUGCAUGGAGGUCUCUUUAGUGUUGACGGCGUGAAACUCUCAGACAUCAGAGCCAUUGACCGGUUCUGUGAGCCUCCCGAGGAAGGUUUGAUGUGUGAACUCUUGUGGAGUGAUCCUCAACCUCUCCCUGGAAGAGGCCCAAGCAAGCGAGGAGUUGGUCUAUCGUUUGGUGGUGAUGUAACAAAGAGAUUCUUGGAAGACAAUAAUCUAGAUUUGGUGGUUCGAUCACAUGAAGUGAAAGAUGAAGGCUAUGAGGUUGAUCAUGAUGGUAAACUCAUCACCGUCUUCUCUGCACCAAAUUACUGUGAUCAGAUGGGUAACAAGGGAGCCUUCAUUCGCUUUGAAGCUCCAGACAUGAAGCCAAACAUUGUUACAUUCUCAGCAGUGCCUCACCCGGAUGUGAAGCCAAUGGCGUAUGCAAACAAUUUCCUCAGGAUGUUCAACUAACAAAGCAGAAAAGCUUCUUCAACUCAAGUGCUAUGCUAAGGACUCGAGAGUCAAAAGACCAAAAGUGUUUCAGAAACAUAAUGAUAUAAGUUUUUUCUCCCCUCAUCUUCUGCAGUUUUUUUCAUGUUGUUCCAGAAAAGGGAGCCCAUGAUAAUUAAAAAGGUACAGUAUCCGGAUUUAAUCGGUUUUUCUUUCUUUUUGAUAAAGAUGUUCCCUCUUCUCUCGAAAGCUUUAUCCAGUAACUUUUGUCUCUUUUGUCUUAUGUUUGUAAGAGAGGGUAAUGGAUCAUUCUUAUUUUUAGAUGAAUUUUUUUGUGAUUACACAGCAAAUGACCCUCCCAAAACUCUUAUGUUCAAACAUGUUUUCUUGAAAUGAAAUAUCAAAAGGGUGGUUUCUUAAAGCU